GAAGUCCUUGUUACUACCUGAGAGAACGAGAGCCCAUUGGCCAGGACACCUCACAAUGCUACAGUGGUCCUCAGGAUUCUCGUGAUUGGCUCGCGACCCGUCUCCAAGAGCCUAUGGCCGGGAACCGCCGUGUUUUGCUGCCUGGCACCGGGAGUCAGAGCUCCCCCUCCGCUGCUCCCUAUUGGCUGUCCUGGCGCAAAGCUUUGGAGAGCAUGCUUCUGGUCCCGCUGGAGGGCGACUGAACCUAGAGCAAGUUCCAGAAGCUCGACGACGGCUGACGAACACUCAGUCGUCCCUGAAGACCUGGUUUUUUGUUCGUUCGUUCGUUCGUUAGUUCGUUCGUUCGUUUUCUGGCUCUGUUCAGGCUUCCCCUUUGGAGCUCCGCAUCUCUGGCCGAGACGUCAAUCCUGAAGGUAAGUGCCAUGUCUUCGAGUGAUGUGCAGACCUCCUCAGGGAUGGCAGAAUAAGGGUACCCAGCACCAGCGUCUCCGUUUGGUUAUCUCCCAAAUUCAAUUACCAGAAGUUGGUCGUCUUUUUUUUUUCUUUUGUUUUGGUUUUCAAGACGGGAUUUCUGUGUAUCUUUGGUUGUCCUGGCACUCACUUUGUAAACCAGGCUGGCCUCGAACACACAAAGGUUCAUUCGCCUGUCUCUGCCUCCUGAGAACUGGGAUUAAAAGCAUGCGACACCACGCCCAGCGUUGGUCGUCUUAUUAAUUGGGCUUUUUGCAUCCACAUGCACCAUGCCCCCGUCCAAAUUCCUACUCCUCUUCAAUGGUGCUGGGAAUCUCGCGUCCUAAAGAAUUCAGAUUGAGAUCCAGACGGGAUUGGUGCGGAGCGUGAACUGCGGAGAUGUUCUACUAUCCCAACGUGCUUCAGCGCCAUACAGGCUGCUUCGCCACUAUCUGGCUAGCGGCAACCCGAGGCAGCCGGUUGGUGAAGCGGGAAUAUCUGAAAGUGAACGUAGUAAAGACCUGCGAGGAAAUACUCAAUUAUGUGCUGGUACGAGUGCAACCUCCGAUGCCUGGGCUGCCCCGGCCCCGCUUCUCUCUCUAUCUCUCCGCCCAGCUUCAGAUUGGUGUUAUACGGGUCUACUCCCAACAGUGCCAGUACCUUGUGGAAGACAUCCAGCAUAUCCUUGAGCAUCUGCACCGGGCCCAGCUGCGGAUUCGCAUCGACAUGGAGGAUGCUGACCUACCCAACUUGCUCCUUCCUAACUGCCUGGCCAUGAUGGAGAUGCUGGAAGAUGCUCCAGAACCUUUUUUUGGGACGAUGUCUGUGGAUCCCAGGCUUCCCAGCCCUUAUGAUAUUCCUCAGAUUCGACAUCUUUUAGAGGCUGUGACCCCAGAGAAAAUUGACAGGACCUUAGCCACUGCAAAGUCUCCUGAGACCAUCACCCUACAGGAGGCAGAGCCCAUACGCAUGUUGCAGAUUGAGGGGGAGCAGGAUCUCCCAGAGGUCAGUCGAGGAGAUUUGGACCUGCUGAUUGCAGAGGAAGAUGAUGCCAUAUUGCUAGAGGAACGUCGGCAACGCAGGCUUCUCCGGCAGCGGAGGGUUUCCCCAGCACUGGAUGAAUCCAAGGAAGAACCCCGGGCCAUGGAGGGUGAUGGUGUGGUCCCCUCGAUCUCACCUCCAGCUCUGGCACAGGUUGAAGGCAUAAGAGAACCACUUCCGGGCCAGCUCUUCCCUCCUGAGGUACAGAAAUUGACAGGCUGGGAGCCUGAGGCCAUACUCACUGAGGUGACCCCUCCUCAGGAGCUGCGCCUACCCACCCCACCGAGUGCAGAGAAGAGGCCCCUGCCUCCUCCGAGCCCACCUGGCCGCCAACGCCGCCAGUUACUCUUCUGGGACAAGGAAACUCAGAUCUCCCGGAAGAAAUUUGAGGAACAGCUACAGACCAGGGCUCACUGCUGGGAUUAUCCCGUGAUCCAGCCUCCCCAAAGGAUGAUUACAAGCCCGGUGGAGCUCUUCAGAACCCCGACUCUCUCGGGCUGGCUGGCGCCAGAACUACUAGAUUUAUGGACCCACUGUGCCCAGACACCCUCAAGAAUGCUGAGACAAAGACCACGACGGGAGCCGGAAGAGGCAGCUGAGGAGAGGGAAGUGGCAGGCAAGGAGGGAAGACUGACUGAAGCUCUGAGCGAGAUUGAGGUCCUGAGGGAGGCCCAGGAGCCCAGUGGUCCCCUCAUGCUCUCUUCAGAGCUCUCCCUGGAAGCAGCUGAAGAGGAAAAGUCACGGACUAGCCUCAUCCCCCCAGAGGAACGGUGGGCCUGGACUGAAGAGGGGCAGCCAGAGCCUCCUGCACUGCCCAUGCUGCCUGAAAUCCCGGAAGUGCCCAUGGAGAUGCCCCCAGGACCUGAGCUACUCUCUUCAGAGGCUGUAUUUAGAGCGGUAGCAUUGGAGCUGCAAGCCAACAGGGAGCUUGACUUCAGCAGCCUGGUACCUCCUCUCAGCCCCCGGAAGUUGGCUUCUCGGGUCUUCUACCUGCUCCUGGGUGAGUAUAGAUACAUGAGAGAUAGGGGCAGACAGGCCAGGAGCCUAACACACUCCUGCCUUCUCCUUCCCACCAGUGCUGUCCACAGAGAAGCUCCUUCUUGUGGAACAAGAGAAGCCAUAUGGGCGCCUCCUGAUCCAUCGGGGUCCCAGAUUCCACUGAGCAAGUUCAUUAAACCAUAUCCUACCUCACUGGACUUCGUGGGUUUUUUUUUUUCUUGAUUUAUUUUUAGUUUUAAAUUGUGUGUUGGAACGUGCAAGUGAGUGCAGUUGGUUUGGGAAGGCCUAAAGAGGGCAUUAAACCCCGGAGCGGGAAUUCAAGGCAGUUUUGA